UAGGUAGGCGAACGCGGCGCGCGGGGAGAGAGUGACAGACGGGCUGCGCGGCGCCACCGUCUCCGGCGAGCGCCGGCACGGUGGAGAGGCGGUGGGCUGUUGCAGGCCUUCCGUGCUGCCUGGGCCGCCAGCUGAGCCCGUGGGCUGGCAGGCAUGCCGUGCCGUGCCGUGCCGUGCCGGGCAGCCCCGUUCGGCCAACCACCAAAGGCACCAACAAAGUCAAAUUACGCACGCCGUGUCCAUUGUCAAACUAGUCCAGAUCUUCCUCUGUUGUUUCCUCUGCUUUUCUCCCUUCCUUCCCCUGCGGGCUGGAGCGCGGCGGCGAGGAGCGCCGAGGUCACCGGUGACGCUCUCCUAACCUACUCCCUGCCGCCUUCCGCUUAUCUACUCCUGCCUUCGCAAGCUCCCGCGCCUACGUCGAGCCCUCCCUCCCUCCCUCCCCGCGCUCUCCCAGCGCCCCAGGCCGCCUCCCACCGACGCGCGGCAGGCACGCCGCCCAGCUCGGAGGGAUUCGGGGCCCUCGUGUUCCCCCGCCGCACCCCCGCUCUACUGGCCUGGAGGGGGAAGCGGGGGAUCCAUCAGGAAUUGAUUGGAUCGCCUUCUCCUUUUUCUUGGAUAUACUUGGACCGCUGCUCGCAAACACGGGGUUGGCAGGGCAAUCCCUCUUUCCAAAGUGAGCUCGGACAGGUUUACUUUGGCUCUGAGAUGGCUGAUGAGGACUCAUCCGACUUCACCUUCUGCAAGGUUAUUUCUGCAGAAAAUGACGGUCAACCAGAAUCUCCUAAAGCCAUUCCUGUAGAAAGUAUGACACUCGAGGAUGUUCAUGUUGAUAGUGCAAAUACUUCAAAGAACAAUGGGUUGGAAACUGUUGACUCAGAAAAAGAUAGGUCUGGUAACAAUGUCAGUGUUUCAACAAAAGACAAUAACAUGCAAGCACCAGUUACACAGACAAGUGGUGGAGCAGAAUCAAAUGUGCCAUCACAGGCAAAGCGUUCAUCGAAGAAACCUGCAGCACGGGCAAAGGUUCCUUUUGAGAAAGGCUAUAGUCAAAUGGAUUGGCUAAAGCUGACACAAACACAUCCUGAUCUAGCUGGGCUUAAGGGGCAGUCAAACCGAAAGUUAAUUUCUUUAGAAGAGGUUAAGCAGCACAAAGCAGGAGAUUGUAUUUGGACAGUUCUCAAAGGCCGCGUGUACAACAUUGCUCCAUACAUGAAAUUUCAUCCUGGAGGUGUUGAUAUGCUUAUGAAAGCUGCUGGGAAAGACUGCACUGCUUUGUUCAAUAAAUACCAUGCUUGGGUAAAUGCAGAGUUCCUCUUGGAGAAGUGCCUUGUCGGAUUCCUUGAUCCCAACGAGUAGAUCUGGGGGUUCAGGCCGCAUGGCAUUUUAUCACUUGAUGCACACCCUGACUGUUUGUAGGCACCUCAGUAGAUGAAUUAAAGAAUCUAAAUGUUCUAUUGUAUCAAAACGGGAAUACAUUGAUUCAAUUCUGUUUCAAAAAGGAAAGCAGAAUUGUUAUGGAGAUGAGAAAAUCCAGUCCAAUAUUGGUAUGUCAUUACACUACGAGGUGAAUUGCAACACCUGAUGGAAUACAUGCCACAGCCAUGACAUCGUCAAGAUGAACGCUUGUCUGUGUAGAAAACGAGUGGUUGUUUAUAUAUGCUGUGUUAUAAUCCUUUCCGACUACUGUAAUAUGCAUAUAUAUUGAUUUUUCAUAUUUUUUUUCACAACUGGAAACUUUCAUUUAACAUCACA